AUGAAGUUCACAGCAAUCACCGCGGCUCUUGGCCUCUUCCUCACCGGCGUCACCGCCUUGGACAAGCCAUUGGACAUUCAAGUCCUCUCAGCUUCCAACUGCGCAGAGAAGGACCAGACGAAGCCAGGCGACAAGAUCGACAUGCACUACCGCGGCACCCUCGAAGAGACCGGCUUCGAGUUCGACGCCUCUUACAAUCGCAACCAACCUCUCAACUUUGUUCUGGGCAAGGGACAGGUGAUCAAGGGAUGGGACGAGGGCCUGAAGGGCAUGUGCAUUGGUGACAAGAGGAAGCUUACGAUUCAGCCUGAGUACGGAUACGGUGACCGCGGUGUGGGACCGAUCCCCGGCGGUGCGGUCUUAAUCUUCGAGACAGAGCUGGUGGAUAUCAAUGGACAAGCAGGAAAGAAGGCGAAGAAUGAUGAGCUCUGA